GUCAGUUUCGCGCUUUUUGGCUUCAGUGAAAACAUGUCCGACAGUUAAAGACAGUGGUUAAAGAGCAGAACAUAUUUUCUGCACGUUUGUUUUAUUUAUGUGCCAUAUUUUUUAUAGUUAUAUAACCUUUACACCUAUUAUUUGUUCAACGUAUAUUUUGUUGUUUGUGUUUUUCCAAAUCAAGCGAAAGUAGUGUUGAAUUACCUGUUGAAUUAUGGAGGACCUACCAGGAACUCAAACUCAAGAAGAUUAUAUAGAAUCCUCCCAAGAACCUGAAAUUGAUAUCAUAAAACCUUGGGGCCGUUUGUGUGGUUUUUUAAAAACGUUAGCGUCAGUUGAUUUAACUGAGUCGACGUUCACAUUUGGCAGAGCCCCAAAUUGCACGUUGCAGAUCGAUAAACAAAAUUUCCCUCAACUUCUUAAUGUUAGCAAGGUGCAUUUUCAAAUUGUUAAAGAAGAUGACAUGGUGUAUUUAAUCGAUUUGAGUAAAAAUGGCACAUUUAUAAAUAGUGAAAAAGUAGGAAGAAAUAAUAGACAUAUUAUCAGCGAUGGUGAUAUCAUUUCUAUUGGGCAUCCUAGCACACGAAUAUACUAUUUUAGUUCAAAUAUUAAUAUUGAAGACUACAAUUAUCCUGAAGAAAUGAGCAAAUAUUUUAUUUCCAAGAGGAUUGGGCGCGGUGCAUUUGGAGAGGUUCAUUUAGCAUAUGACAAGCAAACUUGCGAGAAAUUUGCCAUUAAAAGACUAAAUAAAGCAAAAUCGAGUGGUAAUGUUGAAGGUCAUAUUAGUCCCCCUGAAAAAGUCAAGACUGAAAUUGAAAUUUUAACCAGCUUCUCACAUGCUUUUAUUAUCCAAAUGAAAGAGGUUUUUGAAAGUGAUAGAGAAGUUUUUUUGGUGUUAGAAUAUAUGUCUGGUGGGGAGCUUACAAGUAGAAUUCUUUCUUCAGCCCCAUUUCCAGAAGGUGAAGUCAAGUUUAUAUUUUAUCAGAUUUUACAAGCUGUGAGAUACCUACAUCUAAAUGGAGUAACACAUCGCGACUUAAAACCAGAAAAUGUUUUAUUAUGUAGUGACACACCAUUUCCAAUGAUAAAAGUUUCUGAUUUUGGUCUAAGCAAAAUCUUGGAUGACACAAGUAUGAUGGAGACAGUAUGUGGAACAGUUAGCUAUGCUGCCCCAGAAGUCCUUAAGUCUUCCGAAAAAUACAAUAAAAAGAUCGACAUCUGGAGUUGUGGUGUCAUUUUGUUUUAUAUGUUAAGUAGGACGCUUCCUUUCAGAGGACCUGACAGAGAUGCUAUAGCCCGAAAAAUUGUUGCUGGACAAAUUGGAUGGGUUAGUAAAGCUUGGAAGGGUGUUUCAGUUUCUGCCAAAGAUUUAAUUCGAAAAAUGCUUACUAUAGACCCAGAGCGGCGCAUAUCAACGACUGGAAUUUUCAGGCAUGACUGGAUAGAAAUUGAUAAGAGAAUGAAACACAGCGUUGAACAGUUAAUGAUAGGAACAUUUGAAGAGUCUGAUUCUGAACGCUCCAGUGGAACACUUUACCCAGAAAAAAGGCCCAGAAUGAAUUGACCUGAUCAUGAACAUGUCUAAAAUGUGAUUUAUAGUUUUUUAACGUUGUUUAAACCUUUUACAACUCUAUUACCAUAAAGUAUUUGUUAUUUUUUUGUUUAUACAUGUUUUUUGUGUAUAGUAUUUGGUAAGUACAUACUUCAAGUACUUAAUAUGUUCAUAUGUUCAAAUGUCACGUUUUUGUGAUAAUA